CCCCUCCAAAAAAGUCUAAACCCCACACCACUAAAUCACUCUUUUGUUUGUUUCCUUUUCGUUUAUCCUCUUCCUUGUGUUUUCAUAAUAUUCUACACCUCUCUUAUUUAUCUCUUCAUUUCCACCCCCGUCUUUGUUUCCUCUUCCUUUUUUAAUUUUUCUUUAUGCUGUUUUCAGCGCAACAGUACUUGCUCCAUUGCUUGCUAUAUCUUUGUGUGUGUCGUUGGGUUUUGUUUGAGAUUUGGGGUUUGCUUACUAAUUUUAUUUUAUUUCUUAAUGUUUUCACUUGUUGGGUACUACAACUGGGAUCUGUGCUUUUGGAUGAUGAACUAAUAAUGGGUUUUUUUUUUUUGGGUUCUCAAUAUCUUGACAUGUUCUUGUUGGAUGGGAUUUAGGAUGUUGCCAGAAGGUUUUUGAGAGAUGGUAACUGUUUGGUUUUGAGUUAAGCUGUGGUGUUAAAAUGGAGAUUUUGAGUGAAGAAGAGGAUCAAUUCUUCGACACUCUUGAGGAUUGUCCCUCUGUAUCUGAUCCAGACUCUGACUCCCCUGACAAUUUGGAUUCUGAUUUUGGGGUUAUUGGUUCCUUGCCUGGUAGUAUUGGUUAUGAGGUUUGGAUCAAGAAUCCAGGCUGUAUUCGUGAAAGGCGCAAUAAAUUUUUAAAAUGGAUGGGUUUGGACGUGGAUCAAGCUGGGAAGGGUGAUCCUGGCAAUACGUCUUUCAAUGAAGUGGAAGUUGAGACAGAUAGGAUUACGGAACACAGCGAUGCAGUUCUGAGAUCAUACAGUUUAGAUGAUGGACUCUCAUCGAGUCAGUCUUCCAUGUCGAGUUGGUCCAAUGAUGCCCAAGAGUUGUUAGAUGGGGCAAUGGAGGAGAAUUUUGUAUGUAGGGUUAGGAAUUUGGAUAACGGGACAGAGUUUAUUCUGGAUGAACUUCGGCAGGAUGGCAUGUCAGGGAGAAUUCGUGAAGUUGGUUCAAAUCGGUUACUUACUGUUGCUGAGUUUGAGAGGAGUCUUGGGUUUUCCCAUUUGGUUCAGCAAGUGAUGCGAAGAGAAGUUGAAGAUGUGCCCAAUUUGGAGCUGCCAAGAAAGCAGGUAAAGAUGGGAUGGUUGAGGAGAUUAGGUGCUAUCUCUUGCAUCGUUGACAGGCAAGUGGAAGCUGGUGGUAAUGGUCCUUAUCCUGUUGCAGGGGCUAGGAAUCAGAUAGUUAGGGUUAAAUCUUAUAAGAAGCGGUCCAAGGAAUUCUCUGCCCUUUACAUGAGACAGGAUAUUCCAGCUCACGAGGGUUCAAUAUUGACUAUGAAGUUCAGUCCUGAUGGUCAGUACCUUGCGAGUGCAGGUGAAGAUGGAGUUGUGCGUGUAUGGCAGGUGAUGGAAAAAGAGAGAUCAGAUGAGUUAGGCAUCCUUGAUAUUCAUUCUUCCAAUGCCCAUUUCACGGUUGAUGAUCUUUCUGUAGCUCCCCUUAAGGUGGAUAGAGAGAAAAAGGGUAAAUUCAAGAGCAUGCUGACAUCAGACUCGGCUUGUGUCAUUUUUCCUCAGAAAGUAUUUCAAAUAUCGGACAAACCAAUCCAUGAGUUUUUUGGGCACUGUGGAGAGGUCUUGGACCUCUCAUGGUCAAAGGACAAGUAUCUCCUUUCAUCCUCAGUUGAUAAAACUGUUCGCUUGUGGAAAGUGGGAAGCAGCAAAUGCCUACAAGUUUUCUUCCACAAUGAUUAUGUUACCUGCGUCCAGUUUAAUCCUGUGGAUGAAAAUUACUUCAUCAGUGGUUCCAUAGAUGGGAAAGUACGCAUCUGGGCAAUUCCUGGUUGUCAAGUUGUUGACUGGACUGAUAUAACUGAAAUUGUCACGGCUGUGUGUUAUUGUCCUGAUGGAAAGGGUGGAAUCGUUGGCUCCAUGAAUGGCAAUUGCCGCUUUUAUGAUGCAGCAGAUAAUCGUCUGCAGCAGUAUGCACAAAUAUGCUUGCAGGGCAAGAAGAAGUCACCAUUCAAGAGGAUAACUGGCUUUCAGUUUUUUCCAAGUGACCCGACCAGGUUAAUGGUCACUUCUGCUGAUUCCCAAGUUCGAAUACUCCAUGGAGUUGAUGUGAUAUGCAAAUAUCGAGGCCUCCGUAAUGCGGGAAGCCAAAUAUCUGCAUCAUUCACGUCAGAUGGGAUGCAUAUUGUUUCAGCAAGUGAGGAUUCUUAUGUCUAUAUCUGGAAUUAUAUUAGCCAGGAUGGGCCUGUGGCUCAGGAGAAGAAGAGCAAAUGGUCUUGCGAGCGUUUCUUCUCAAACAAUGUGUCAGUGGCUAUACCCUGGUGUGGGAUGACUUCUAUGAAUUGUAGCUCCUCAACUGUCACUGGAAAAUCCCCAUCCUCUAUUAACUCAGGGCCGUGUAGUGAAAAAGGUGUGUUGCUGCAAUCUGAGUUGGUUGAGAGUUCACAAUGGAAAUUGCCAUUCUCUUCCCCUGAAAAUUUAUCACUCAGCCAUGGAUUUUUCUCUCACUCUUUGCCCAAGGGUUCUGCAACAUGGCCAGAGGAAAAUCUUCCCGCAAGCUCAUUGGUCGUAUCAUCUGCAAUGUGCAAAUCGCAGUACAAGUUCUUGAAGAUGUCAUGCCAGAGCAUGCAUGGCUCCCCUCAUGCAUGGGGUUUGGUGAUUGUAACAGCUGGAUGGGAUGGACGAAUCAGAUCAUUCCAGAAUUAUGGAUUACCAAUUCACCUUUAAAUAGAGAGGUUCAGCACAUUGUCGCCAAAAAACAGUGGUUGAUUUGCAUGUGAUUGCACGCGGCCAUGACACCUGAGGUAUUGAGGGAACAGAAAUUGACAUGCACCGAUAGCCGCCCGGAGAUGUCUACUACAUGGUCACCAGCGAUGGUUAAGAAGUGAUAGCAACCUCGGUUGUUUGGUCGGAUAGCCAAGAUUCCUCGGUGUAUGACAAUUGAAUCUAAUCUCAAAAUUUUUGUGCUGUACAGGAUUUGCUUUCCAGAGUAUAUAUCAUUCAUUAAUUUAUUUAU